AUGAGUGAGAUGACGAGUGCCGUUGAGACGCAGCAACAACAGCAACAAUACGUAGACGGUAGUUCGAAUGCGAAGCUUCACUGCAAGGAUUGCGGUGUAAAAUUCGAGAGCGAGAAGAGCCUGGAGGUGCAUCUGCGUUAUCAACACGAAAAUUUGCUAAAUCAGUGGGCUAAUAAGACACAGCAGGAAGAGAGCAAUAAUAACCAUAGCAAGACUGGUAAUCAUAAUAGUCACGUGAGCCGGGACAACGUGCCGGCGGACACGAGUGAAGCAUCAUCGAUGUCGCCCUCUCAAGAUUCAACAUCCUCGCAACAAAUACAGCAGCAGCAACAAUCACAACAAUCUCACACACAACAACAGUCUGCUGUACUUAUAUGUUCGCCAUACGAUCAUCACUUUCGAACUCCAAUGUAUAGCGAGGGCAGCUACUUCAUGCAGAACGAUCAGACUUUCAUCUUGUCUCAUCACUUUUCGCCAUCACAGGAAGACAGCCAGAAUAACGGCAGUCGCGAUGGUGGUUUUCGCUAUCAUCCGUAUCAACAUCAACAAUUGUAUCCCUCAGAUCGCACGACUUCUAACUCUACUAGCCCGCAAAGCCCGCCUUUUCAAUGCGACAAGUGCGGCGCCGUGUAUGAGGACACGAAUCAAUUAGGUGAGCAUAUGAGAACGAAUCAUUUGGACUCGCCUACCGCGUAUCCAUCCGCGCCUCAGUAUCAGCAACUGGGCAAUAGUCCUCAGCAACAGGGCCAGCAGAUGCAUCCGUCGCCGCCUCUCUCGAAUCAACCGCAACAAUCUAGUUACGAUUAUAACGGAGUACAGACGAUCAAGGCCGAAAUGAAGCAGGAACAGCCUGAAGAGCAAGCUGAGAUCCUUGAUUUGGAUUCUCAUAAGGUGCAUCGAUACGAAGAGGAGAUUAUGAGAUUGCAGCAGCAGCAGCAGCAGCAACAGCAGCAACAACAGCAGCAGCAGCAGCAACAACAGCAACAACAAGGACUUCAGAUGCAGAUGCAUCAUCAACAGGUGAUGCAACAACAGCAGUCACAGAGAAUAGAAUCGCUUUCGGUAAGUUCUAUGUUGAACUGGCAAACUAUGACUCAUGAUUAUGCUGGACACCCGUCAAUGGGUUCCAUAAACAAUGUUCCACCUAUCGCUGAUCAGGAUCAAUACAUGCGCGGUCAACAUAUGCCUGUGGAACACGGGCCUCAAGGUUCAUCGAUACUCACAAGCACGCAACCAAUACCGAGCCAUCAGAUAUCGGCUGGAUUCGUGCAGCAAACACCGAAAGCGCCACCAUUGGCGAAUCAAUCUUGGAAAAGCAACGAGCCACGCCGUCCAAAGACAUACAAUUGCACUGCGUGCAACAAGUGGUUUACAAGUUCAGGGCAUCUGAAGAGACAUUAUAACACUACGCUCCACAAGAAUGCUGUAAAGAAUGGAAAGGAUCCUGAUCCAGCAACUCUACCGCUCACCAGUCAUCAUCAUCCCAAUAGAGAUAAUAGCGCUGGUCAUUCAACAAGCGGUAGGGGUGGUUGCGCUCCCGCGCGAUCUCCACCGGACUCUUCGCGGAGUCCCCCAAACUUGAUGGCAGGUCCCUCGGGCGAGGCGACGGGGGGCCUGCUUCACACGCCCACCACGCUCUGCAACAACAAUUCCAGCAGCAACAGCAGCAGCGAAUCUUUAGCGGUCCUGGUGCAGCAGCAGCAGCAGCAGCAGCCGCAACUGAUCCCUCUAGGAAUAAUCAAUUCCCCGGUGUCAUCGCCACUGGCGGGACACCAUCAGCAACAAAUGGGUACUGCGCCUCACCAAAUGGGCCUCCAGCAACAGCAGCAACUUCACCUGCCAACGGGUUCGUCGGGCCAGCCGGUGCAUCAUUCCACGACUUCGCCCACCAUGGCCCCACCGGCGGCAUCGCACAUGAAUUGCCCUUCACCAAUGGAUUCAUCAUCCCACCCGGUUCAUCACAUGAACUCGCCGCCCGGCUCGGGCCAUCCAGCAAUGAAUUCAUCCACGGUGAUGGGGGGUACUACGAUGCCUCCUCAGCCGUACCCAAACGCCUUGCCCCCCCACGUUACAAUUACUACCAACAUCCCGGCGGUCCCACUGGAAUCUACCCAAGCACCUACCACCAUGCAGCUAGUUACUAUUGGUAACGACCAAAACAAGCAGCCACGACGUCGCUUGUUGCCCGGUUUCAAUACCAUCAUGAAUUUCUCAGAAUUCGAAUUUGUCGUAGAUCAAAGCCAGACACAGACCGUUAACGUGGGGGGGCUAAAUGUAGAGGAGAUCACUCCUCAAGAGUCCUUUGAAGCUUCAACAUCGACCUAUGAUCCAUUUUCGCCAAUGCGUUACAAGUCGUUGAAUAAUCUAGACAUGACGAUGUUGCAAACAAAUGGAAACAAUAUGGUGCAGCAAAAUCAAGAUAUAGAAAUUACGUUGUUGAGAUAUGAAUUCGAUCGAAAAAUUGAUAUACAGAAUAACAAUCAUCUAAUGCCGGUAAGCCAAGCAAAGGAGGAUUUGGAUCCAAAUAUCGGCUUGCAGCCAAAGAAAGAGCGUAAAAGCAAAAGUAAUACGAACAAGCAAACUGUCACCACUAUCAGUGCUAAUUAUAUCUCGCAAGACGGCGUCUACAAGUGUCUCGAUUGCAAUAAAAAUUUCAACAAGCCCUGCUAUUUGACGCAGCACAACAAGAGCUUUCAUUCGGGCAUUAGACCGUUUAAAUGCACCCUGUGCGGCAAACGGUUUUCAAACGAAGAGAGGAACAAAAAGCAUUUGGAAAUGCACGCUUUAGCCAGAAAACACCAAUGCAUCACGUGCCCAAAAGUGUUCGCACAUAAAACUGAUCUUAAACGGCACACCUGUAUCCACACUGGUACAAGACCGUUUAAAUGUGAUACUUGCGGCAAGGGAUUCAUCAGACAAGACCAUAUGAGGAAACAUCAGGAAACACAUAACAAAAAAACGCGGAUAAACAACCAACGGCAAUCCGCUCAGCGACUCAAUAAUUCACGAUUCAAUGCUCAACGAGGCAACGCUCAACGGCCCAACAAUGUUCAACGGGUCAACGUUCAACGGUUGCAAUUCAAUAGCAACUGCAUGGAGUUAUAA